ACGUCCCUCUACCGCCUCAAGACCCUCUCCUUCUCCCACUUCAUGCGGCUCGUGGUCGACCGCAGUCGCGGAUCCGCGGAGAAGCUCAUCUUUCCCUUGUCCUUCGGCGCAUCCAUCCAAGACCUGGUCUACGUCUCCAUCAAGUGAGUGCAAAUGCCCACGGUUAAAGUCUCUUGCUUUGCCUGAUAACUUGAUGGUAGAGGAUGACCUCCGCAUCCCGGAUCUCGUCGGAAGUUGGAGAGAUCUGGAGCAGCUCGAGAUGGAGACCAAACCCUCCUCGUUCCUGCGAGUGAUCGCCGAGAUCGGCCGCUACUGUACCAAAUUCUCCCGGCUCAAGGUGCGCGGUCUGAUCGACAAGGAAGACGCCAAGGCCAUCGUGGAUCGUCUGCCGCAGCUGAAGCACUUGGAGCUCAGCAAAUCCUACUUGACCAAGGAUGAGCUGGUGGUGAUCAUAAGCGGCUGCAGAAAGCUAGAGAGACUGAUCGUGAGGGAUUGCCUCGGGUUUCAGGCAGACGACGAGGUCCUAAGAUUGGCAUCAAGGAUCACCAGAUUCGAACACGAGGGUUCCAAACUACUCGAUGAUUAUGGAUACGAAACGGAUGAAUCGGAACAGCAGACGGGAUUUUUCUACUGGUGAUGAAAACUGUGUGUUCUUUGUUCUAUUUUUCUCCAGCGGACACGCCUUCUCGGAAUAAAUGGAUUAUAAUAGUGUUCAUCUCA